AUGUCCGGCACCGCGAGUCCAUCUCAACGACCAGCUAAGCGCCGCAAGAUGUCCGCGAGUCCGCCCGCGUCUAGCUCGGCCUCGAGUGUCCAGGUACCCGAAACGUCCGACUCCACCCCCUCGGAGGUUGAGCCGAAUUCCUUGCGGUCCGACUCUACGAUGUCUGCCGAUGAAGUCGCCGAGAACACUCAGCCUGGUACUGAGUCCAGCCAGCCACAGGGCGAGCUGUCUCAUGCCACGUGGCCGCUGGAUGCUGUUCCCGUUGAGAUCUUCAACCUGGUCAUUUCAUACCUCAAUCGAAAGGACGUCCAGGCAAUGCGACUAGUCAGUCGAGAAUUCGACUCCAAACUUGCCGACACCUUCUUCAGAAACGUCGUCGUUCCAUUUCGCCCAGAGUUCGAGGCACUGUACGGUACUUUGAACAUUGAUCUGGGCUUCUCGCCGGAGCAACAAAAGUACGGCUUGGUGUUGAAGAAGAGAGCUGACGAGACCCCCGCGACCGAGGAUGGCGACGACAUUCAAGCUCGGGCAAGCCCCUCAGCGAAGGGUGAUGAGUCUCUGCUCUCGGAUGGGUAUCGGGUUUUCGAACAGUUCGGGCGCACCCAUAUCAAGAAGUUCGCCCUGGCCCUCGAGCUCGAUGAGAUGGACCUGGCUUGCCCACCUGUGAAGCUCAACCAGGAAAUCGUUCCAGCUCCGUGGGGUCUGUACCGGUGGCCCAUAAUGGACUAUCAGCGCUACGCUCAACUAGAGGGCAUAGAGAAGCUCGCGGACGAGACACAGCACAUGAAGAGAGCUUUCCAGUUCCUCCGAGUCGUCAGUGAGAUUGGGCUCUCGUGCGAUGCUGGCCUAGGCUACCUACAAGGCCCGGAUACGAACCCUCUUUGCCGUCGCGUUCAACCAUCGGUCUUCAGGCCUACCAUUUACGGCGAUUCCGAAGCCGACUCGGAGGAGGGAUCAGACGAGGACAGUGACCGGUCCAUGAGCCUCAUCAUUUUAAAGCAGAUGGCUAUGAACGCAGGGUACGAUUCUAACGAGUGGCCAAGGGCUGUGCUGCGCCUGCUUGAGGACGAGGGCCGCGCAGUCAAGUGGAUUGAGCAUGUUUCUGCUUCUGGGGAGGCUUCUCACCAGAAGAUACCUCUCUUCGAGGUCAACAAGGAUACCACAAAAGAGGACAUCAUUGAGGUCAUUGAGGGCCUUGUUGGCGAGGACGAUCAGGACAAUGUCACCAGCGCAGCUCAUGCACGGGUCUAUGGCCUCUGCCCCAACAACCUUACUGCUUCCCAGGUCGAAAUGCUCCUAGAACUCGAGUGGGCCCACAGAGCCCUCAUGGAUUCCUACGUCAUCGCUGUGAUGGAUAAUAAGGACUCAUUCCUGGCCCUCAGCACACUGACGAUCGCACGCUGUUCAGGCCGUCACGUUCCUUCGCUGAUGAAGGAAGAGUUUUGGGAGACUAUGACCUGUCUCCGUUCGUUUCACCUAGGCGUCAUCCCAGACUGGCGCCGGCUCCACAAAGACGACACGGGCGGUGUUUCCCAGACCCGCAUCAGCCCGAUCGAGACCUACGGAGCUGUCUUCAACCUAUUGCACAAAUUUGUCGGGGAGCAGAAGAAUAUCAAGCAUGUGUCUUUUGAGUGGAUCUCUGGCGGCGAGUUCGCUGUGGGUAAGAGUCAGCGCGACCGCUACAUCAUGCCUGCUCCUGUACUCGCAGAGGCACCCAACAUGGCCGAGUUGCAAAACAGCUUCGGCGAAGAAGAUGUCAUCGGUUUACCUUACGUCGACAAACUGUCCCUGAAGAACUGCUGGUUUACUCCCCAUGUAUUUCUGAACGUUGUCAAGAAGAUGUCGAGAGAAAUGCUCAGAGACCUCGAGCUGGAGUCUGUGUCUCUGACCGGGCCCCCCUCAAGGGCCAAUGAACCCAGCAUUCAUCCCGGCCCUCAGGGAAAACCGUCGCACUGGCCUUGGCCUCUUUGUGCGGGAGCGGAGCCUGGUAGUUGGUUUCAGCUUCAACGACCUGCUGCCAAUAACAAUAAUAACAACAACAACGUGCCUGCUCAUGGUCUUCACUUGGCUGCUGCCGCUGCCGCUGCCGCCGCCGGAGCAGGCGCAGGAGCAGGCGCUCCAAACUUCCAAGCCCUGCAUGGCUGGAACCAAAAUGGACACCACUUGCUCGCCCACCAUGGAUCUGGCGCUGUCGCCGUUAAUCAAGCUUCGGCCCCUGUCCAGCAGGAUGGGCAAUCUCCGGCCAUCUCCAAGUGGCGUCUGUUUUCUUGGCCUCAUGUCCUUGCCAGCCUCGAUAUGUCGCCAGAAGCAGUUCACGCCCAUCUUGAAGACAUGGACAUUGACGAUGACUAUUACCGCAAUAUCAAGGCGAACGAGCAACGCUUCUCCAAGAUGUUCAAUGACGUUCUUGAGAACCGCGGCGGACAGGACCGACUCAAGACGAUCACGUUCAAGUCUUGCGGUUACGCUCUCAUCGAGUCAUCACACAUUAGCAACUGGAAGAUCAUCCCGAACGAGUCACUCCUGGUGCAACACGACGUCGACCUUCCAAACCAACUCAAGGACCUUGAUACUCAGAUGCUGAUCUGUAACGACGGCCUGCUCGGCAAAAUCCUCAACUACAUUCCCGGCAAAGAGCAGCGGAUUCUGGGCCGCAUAUUCGGACUGUCCUUCGGCUGGAAUGAUAUCUACGACGAUAUUGUCUCGCAGAUCGCCAUCACGGAUGGCAACCCUGAGCCUGGCGCUGGUCGUUUCCACGGCACCGUGUGCAGUUCUGUCGAGACGGAGGCCAUCAGUCUGAAGGCCAAGGGAAAGCAGAUUGCGAGCCGCACUACCGGCCUGGACGGCGGCCCGGGCCAUAGUGGCGAUGCUGACUUCGACGACGUCUCACUUGAGACCUGGCUCGAAUACACCAGAGGUACACCUGGAGCUGAAAUCCCAGAGAACGGUCUUUCGGCGGAAAACUUGGCGAGAUACACCCAGAACAUGCCACGCCCCUCAAAGUUUCAUCAUCGAAGCCAAAGCAGCGAGCAGAUGGUCCUCAGGUUACGAAGUGUUCGCAGUCGGAGCAGCGAGCCGAUGUUCCUCAGUUCGCAAGGUGUUCGCAGUCGGACUUUCCAGCGACAGGACAUGCCGCAGGAUGGUCUUGCUCAGGGAAGCCAGCAGAUGGUCCUCAGGCUGCGAGGUGUUCGUAGCCAGAGCAGCGAGCAGCAGGAAGUCGCUUCGCAGGAUGAUCUUUCUCAGAGCAUUGAGCAGCAGGGUGUUGCUUCACCUGAGGAUCUUGCCGAGGGCAGUGAGCAACAGGGUGCUGCCUCACAUGACGAUCUUUCCCAGCACGAUUUUGCCACAGACGACGCUUCAGACAACGGCCAAAUUUAA